AACCUACAUGUGGAUGAUACAGAACAUAUUAACAAUGCUAAAAGUGCAGAUAAGAUGAAAAACCACGAGACCUCAUGAAAGUCGGCGUAAGCUGCUCGAACCAUUUAGAACAAGAAAAGCUGUGGAAAAUGUAAUGUGUAAACUUGGAGAUUUUAAGUGAUCAAAAUAUAAUUUAUUUUAUCAACAAGAAAUUGGGGAGACGCAGUAUAACAGACUAUCUGAACAUGGAGAGGAUGAUCAAGUUAAACAAAUUAGUCACAGUGGAACCAGUCUUGUUUCUUCACACGGUUGCAACGUUACUGGAGAUAAGCAUCUUUCAAGAUCUGAUACGUAUGAAAGUCUGCCUACAAGAAGCUGGAGUCCACAAUACCAGUGUGUGUGAGCACCUUGACAAAUACGUGUUCCGGAGUGUUCAAGAUUCCACGGUCAUCUGGGUUCGAUACUACAACGUUGUACUAAACGGAUGUGGAUUGAUUGGAUGUACUUACUUAGGCUCUUGGGGUGAUCGUUUUGGACGAAAGAUACCGCUGGUUAUCCCUCCACUUGGGUCCAUUCUCGCUUGUAUAAAUUACAUCAUUGUGUCUACUUACAUUUUGAAAGGACGUGUGUCAUUGUUGUUGAUAAGCGCUGUAAUUACUGGCUUUUCUGGUGGAUCUAUUGCUAUGGCUGCCAACUCCUUUGGUUAUCUGUCAGACAUCACUACUGAAGCCAACCGAACACUUCGAACCGUUAUUUUAGAGGCCAUGCUCUUUAUUGGUGGUACCAUAGGGUUAUAUAUAGGUGGCACUAUGUUACGUGUAACAGGUUAUAGCAGUGUGUUUCUACUUGAAAUGACUCUGUGUGCAAUUGACAUUCUGUACAUCCUCUUUUGUCUAAAAGAUAUUAAACCGAUCAAUGAGAGCCAGCCUGUUAAAGCCACAAACCAACCUGUUGAAGAUUCAAACCAACCCGUUAAAGACACAAACCAACCCGUUAAAGACACAAACCAACCUGUUAAAGACACAAACCAACAUGAUAACGAUUCAAACCAACAUGUUAAAGACUCAAACCAAUCUGUUAAAGACACAAGAGGGGUCUGUCAGAAACUCUUUGGAAUUGAUCACGUCCUUGAUAUGCUCAAGACGACCUUCAAACAGAGGCCACAGAAUAAAAGAAAGUAUAUAUUAUUAGUGGGUAUAGCCACCACAUUAGCUUACUACGGGUUAGAAGCUCAGUUGGAUCUGUUGUACAUCUAUGUGACUGAUGAUCCUCUUUUAUGGGACCAGAGAAGUUACAGUUACUUCUCAGGAUUGAACUUUGGACUAUGUGGAGCAUUUUUGCUGAUUGGCCUUCCACUCACCUACCGCUGGUUUCAAAUCCCUGACGCUUUACUUGGAAUUAUGGGAACGUUAUCAAGAGGUUUUGGGCUAACACUGUUGAGUUUAAGCACUACUACAGUUAUGGUGCUUAUUUGCCCUGCACUUUUCGUAUUUUCUGAAUAUGCCGUUCCUGCCGCUAGGUCAAUUCAAUCAAAAUUGGUUGAAGAGAACGAAAGAGGUAAAAUAUUUGCUUUUCUGGCUACCAUGCAGAAUGUGUGUUUUCUAACAGGCCCCUUACUAUUCAAUAGCCUUUAUCCUGUUACAGCUACUUUUUUUAAGGGAUUUCCUUUUGCAUUAGCUGCGCUGUUCGAGUUAAUCGCAGCUAUGAUAUUUGGGUACCUUUUCAAGGAAUUUAAAAGGAGUCCUUCAUUGCUGACAAAAAUACCACUUGAUACUGUUAAAGAAGAACCAGUCCAGACUCAAUAGUGCUCUGACUACUGUACUGACACCAUUUCUGAUACCAUUCUUAUCACUGAUAUUAUUUUCUUGUAUAUAAUUUUAUCACAUAUAUGUCGGCCCGGCAUAGCCAGGUGGUUAGGGAGCUCGACUCGCAAUCUGCGGGUUCGAAUCCCCAUCCCACCAAACAUGCUC